UGCAUUAUACAUUUAUUGAGAAUGGAAUAUAUAUUCACAUUAAUUGUUCUAUUAUUAUUUUUAUUAUUUUUUAUUUCAUUAUAUAUUUUUCUAACAUGGAAUUUGAAUUUUUGGCGAAAACAAAAAAUACCAACAGCCACAGGACAAAUACCACUAUUUGGACAUAUGUGGUCGGUUUUUUUAUUGAAACAAAGUUUUCCAAGUCUCUGUGAGAAUUUAUAUAAAACACAUAUGAAUUCAAGUAUUGUUGGAUUUUUUCAAUUUCAAACACCAUCAUUAAUUGUACGUGAACCAGAACUUGUGAAAGAUAUUCUUGUUGGUAAUUUUGCAAAUUUUCAUGAUAAUUUAAUUAAACUUGAUGAAAAAUUAGAUCCAUCAAUGUGUGAAUCACCAUUUUUUGCUAAAGGCAAUGUUUGGAAACGUAAACGAACAAUUAUGACAAAUGGUUUUUCAAAUCGAAAAUUAAAAUUACUUUUUACAUUAGCUAAACAAGUGGCAUAUAAACUUAAUGUUUAUUUGAAUAAUAUGCUCGGCGAAAAGAAUUUUGUGGAAAUUGAAUUAUUACAUUUUUGGACAAAAUAUACUGGUGAAUUUGUGACAAAUGUUGGUUUUGGUGUUGAGGGUCAUUGUUUUGAUGAUAAUUUAAUAAAUUUUCAAAACACCGUUGAAUCAAUGUUUGAUUUUUCCAAAUUUGGCAGAGAACGUGAAAUGAUUCUUUUCUUUAUGCCUCGAUUGGCGAGAAUUUUAGGAAUUUCACGUGUACCAAAAAAAGUGGAGGAUUUCCUACAAAAACUUGUGGAAGAUGUGAUUAAAAGCAGAGAACAUGAGAAUAUAAUUCGCAAUGAUUUCCUACAAAUGAUGAUAGACUAUCAAAAAAGUCAUAAUCCGAAUAAUUUAGAUGAGAAAUCCUUGUUGGUGAUAAUGGAAAGUUUCUUUCUUGAUGCCUAUGAAUCAGCAAGUAUUGCAUUGAGUUUUAUUUGCUUUCAAUUGGCAAAUCAUCCUGAAAUUCAAGAGAAAGUUCGUCAAGAAGUUAAUACAAUUGUUAGAAAGUACAAUGGACAAUUAGAUUAUGAUGCUCUUAAGGAAUUAAUUUACAUGGAACAAGUAUUUUAUGAAACAUUUAGAAUUGAUCCAGUUAUACCGGUAUUCACGAAAAUUUGUACCAAACGUUGUCAAUUACGUGGAAGUGAUGGUCUCGUUUGUCAAGUUGAAACCGGAAAUAUUGCAGUAAUUUCUUCAUAUGGAUUAAAUACAGAUCCAAAAUAUUGGCAAAAUCCGGAAAAAUUUGAUCCCGAACGUUUUAAUGUGGAACAAAUAUCAGAACGUUCAAAAUAUAUAUUUUUGCCAUUUGGUGAAGGACCGAGAAUUUGUGUUGGUAGAAAAAUGGCAAUGAUUGAAUUGAAAGUAGCAAUGGUUCAAAUUUUAAUGAAUUAUUCUUUACAAUUAUCGAAAAAAAAUAUUCUUCCCAUUAAAAGAGACACUAGUUUUAGUACCUAUCCCAAAAGUGGUUUGUGGAUUAAAGUGAAAUUAUUAUAUAAUAUGGCAAUAAUUUACAUUCUCCUCUGUUUAACGGUUUUUUUAAUUUAUUUAUAUUUUCAUUUAAUAUGGAUAUAUGACUAUUGGAGAAUAAAGAAAAUACCAUGUGUCCCGGGAAUAAUUCCAGGAUUGGGUCACAUGUGGUCUGUAUUGACAUUGAGAGAAAGUUUUCCUACAUUAUGCGAGAGAAUCUAUCAGAGCUAUCAUAAUUACAGUAUGAUUGGAUUUUAUCAAUUUAAAACACCGACAUUACUUCUUCGCGAUCCUGAACUCGCAAAAUCUGUACUUGUCACUAAUUUUUCUAGUUUUGGUGAAAAUCAAAUUUUACUUGAUUCUAAUUUAGAUCCAUCAAUGAGUCAAAAUCCAUUUUUUGCGACUAAGGAGAAUUGGAAGAAAGUACGAUCAGUUUUGACAACAGGAUUUUCAAGUAGUAAAUUAAAAUGUCUAUUUUUGUCAACACGUGAAGUUUCUUAUAAAUUGAAAAAUUAUUUACAAACUAUUUUUGUUGAUGAUAAAAAUAGGGAUGUUGAAUUAGUGGAAUUUUGGAAUAGAUACACGGGAGAAUUUGUUGCACAUGUUGGUUUUGGAAUGGAGGGACAUUGUUUUGAUAGUGAUGAUAAUUUUGAAAGUGUAAUAUCAAAUAUGUUUGGUUCUUCAAUUUUAUCAAGAACUAAAGAAAUGUUAUCAUUCUACUCGCCGAGUUUGGCGAAAUUAUUGAGAAUUCGCCGUGUACCAAAACAUUUGGAAUUAUUUUUCCGUAAUAGCAUAAAUGAUGUCAUAAAGGCGAGAGAAACCACCAACGAGUACUACAACGACUUUUUGCAAAUGAUGAUAGAUUAUCAAAAAACCCACAGCAAUAAAUCAUUAGACGAAAAAAAUUUAUUGAUCUACAUGGAGAGCUUUUUAUUAGAUGCUUACGAGUCAGCAAGUAUUAGUUUGAGUUAUAUGUGUCUUCAAUUAGCCGUUUAUCCUGAAAUUCAAGAAAAAGUGCGUCAGGAAAUACGAAAAGCUCUUGAAAAAUUUAACGGUGAAUUAUGUUACGAAGUCCUUGGGGAAUUGAAUUACUUGGAAAAGGUUUUGUACGAGUCGAUAAGAAUAAACGCUACAAUACCAUUGUUGUCGAAAGCUUGUACAAAAGAAUGUGAACUUAUUGGAAAAGAUGGAUUGUCUUGUAAAAUUAAUCCCGGUGUUAUAACAUUGAUAUCACUUUAUGGAUUACAUAUGGAUUCCAAAUAUUGGACAAAUCCAGAAAAAUUUGAUCCCGAACGAUUUAAUGAGAAUGAAAAAGAGAAGAGAUCAAAAUUUGUAUUUUUACCAUUUGGUGAAGGUCCACGAAUGUGUGUUGGAAGGAGAAUGGCAAUGAUUGAAAUAAAAUUAGCAUUGAUUCAAUUAUUGAUUAAUUGUAAUUUGGAAAUUUCGUCAAAAACUGAACUUCCGAUAAAACGAGACUUGCAUUUUUCGACUACUCCUAAAUGUGGACUUUGGGUUCGUUUAAAAUCUCUACCCUGAUUAUAAUUAUAUUCCUAUUAUUGCAAUUGUUAUACUAAUUUUAUUAAUUACUAUCAGGGAAUGUAAAUUAUAUAUUCAAAGUGAUUUUUACCUUUUCUAAAAUGUGAACGUGACGGAAAAAAUUAAAAAAUUGUUUCACUUCAGCAUUUGCCUCUAUUUUUUGACUGACAAUAAAUUUUCGUGGAUCAACUUCAAUUCUUUGUAGAAAAUAUACCAGAUAAUAGAUCAAAACAAAAGAUAU